AUGUCCUUGCUCAUCAGGGUUUCUGAACUGACUUCAAUGCUGCAAGUUUCCAUAAUGCUUGAGAGGCAAAGCCAAGCCAUUGCUAUUGAGAGGCUGCGGCUUUUUUGUUGGAAAAGAAGAUUUCAUGUUAUCUGUGUUUGCAGGCUUUCUGGCUCAUAUGCUGGAGGAAUCCUUGCUGCGGGGGUGUUUUCAUUUUCUCGUCUAACAUGGCAGUGGUCCAUCGCAGCAGAGGUUUUUAGCUUAAACAAUCUGUUUGUGGGGCUGCUUAUGGCUCUCACGGCGCAUUUUGAGGAGGCAUCCACUGCGAAAGAGAGAUCAAAGAUCUCCAAAUUCGGUGCCUUUUGCUGUGGCCUAAGCUUGUGCAAUCAGCACACAAUUGUGCUCUACGUUGUUUGUAUUGUGCCUUGGGUUCUCUUCAGGCUCUUCCAAAAAGCGGAAUUGUCCCUAGGCCAUUUGCUGAAGUUGGGUUUAUGCUUCGUGGCUGGUUUGCUGCCUUAUCUCUAUCUGCCGGCUUCGUCCUACCUCAAUCGAGCCCGUUGGACGUGGGGAGACCAGACGACUUUCCAAGGAUUUCUGACCCACUUUCUCAGGGAAGAAUAUGGGACGUUCAGUCUGGCCAAAGCAGAGACAGGAUCCAGUAUGGGAGAGAUAUUGGUUUUUCAGCUGACGCAGAUGAAGUCUGAGCUCUCCCUUGCUGUCCUCGCCCUGGCGCUCGUGGCCUGUUUAAGUGCAGCCCUGACGACAGAGCGGCAGAACUUGCCUGUGAUCUGGCUCUUCACUGGAAUGCUCUGUGUUUACUCCCUGUUCUUUGCUUGGAGGGCAAAUCUGGAUAUUACAAAGCCUCUGUUUAUGGGUGUGGUGGAGCGGUUCUGGAUGCAGAGCAACGCCGCGGUCGCCGUGCUCGCGGGCCUGGGGCUCGCCCGGCUCGUCCCGCUCGGAAGCGCCGCGCUGGGGACGUGCCGCGCGCCGCCCGCCCUGCAGUGGCUUUCGGCUCUCGCCCUUGUUGCUUGUCAGAUUUGGGCCAAUUACAGUGCUUGUGAUCAAAGCAGCAAUUACGUUGUUGAUAAGUUUGCAAAGAACCUGCUGUCCUCGAUGCCGACGGGGGCCGUGGUCUUGCUGCGAGGAGACUUGCCCGGGAAUGCUCUUCGUUACGUUCAUUACUGCGAAGGGAUGAGGCCAGAUAUCACUUUAGUGGACCAGGAGAUGAUGACUUAUGAGUGGUAUUUACCAAAGCUGGCAAAGCAUUUACCUGGCAUUCAUUUUCCUGGAAAACAGUGGAAUCCUGUGGAAGGAGUAUUACCCGAUGGGACACUUGUUUUUAAUCUCCAUCGUUUCCUCAAAGUAAAUAAACAUAAGGAGGUGUUUGUCUGCAUAGGCCUUCACGAAGGGGACUCGAGCUGGAAGAGGAGCUAUUCGCUCUGGCCCUGGGGCGCUUGUGAAAAGUUGGUUCCUUCUGAAGUUGUCUUCGACCCGGGAGAGUGGAUUCGUCUUACAAGGAAUCUCUAUAACUGGACGGAAGACUACGGAAGAUUCGAGCCCUCUUCCUGGGAAGCUGUUGCGAAUGAGGAGAUGUGGCAAGCCAGGAUGAAAACAGCUUUCUUUAUAUUUGACCUUGCAGAAACUGCCAGUGUGACUGCAGAAAUGAAAUCACAACUUUACACGUUUGCUUACACUUUGUACAAAGAAAUUAUCGACUCUCAUCCAAAGCAUCCAGUAAACUGGCACAAAAACUAUGCGAUAGCUUGUGAAAGGAUGUUGCAUCUCCAGGAGGUGGAUGUGGAUCAGGAAACAUUGCUCUCUGAAACUGCUAAACAUUUCCUUCUGUACACGGAGAAAGCAGAGGACGAUCCCCAGCGACGGGAUAUUCUGCGGGCUGUAAAACACCUGAAGAAAGAACUGCAGGUGCUGAGGAAAAUGAAAAGGAAAGAUCUGAAGCAGCAAACUGCAUAGAGUCUGUUUUGACGUGCUUU